AUGCAAACAACAGCAAAGCCUUCAACCACCCCAACAAAGUCACCUCAUGUAGAUCAUUCCCUGUUCCAUCACUCUCAUCGUAAACACCAUUCGGAGCCACACCAAGAAGAAGCAACACAUUCCUCUCAGCAACAACAACAAACAACAAAUUCAUUUACUUCUCUAAAUUCAACGUUGUGGUGUUCUAUUUGUCUCAAAAAGGCUGAAGAACACAUACCAGCAAUCACCUCGUGUCAAGAAUGUCAAGUCGAACUUUGCAAAUUUCAUACAAAAACACAUUUUAAAAAACAUGAAUCACAUGUUUCAAUUUCUCUCAUCAACAAUGAAGAUGAAACAAGACACCAAUACUCUAAUGCUGUUUUGAAUGGAGAGAUGAAUAGGAUAUUAACAGAAGGAAAUAAUUCUCUCCAUUCUUCUCAAAGUCACCGUCGUCAUUGCGUCAUUCACUCAUCGAGUAUUAACACAUUUUGCAAGACUUGCGAACAAUUAAUUUGUGCAGCUUGUAGUGUUCACUCUCAUAAAGGGCAUGAUUUAUAUUUGAUUGACAGUAUCGAGAAGGAAGAACGAGAGAAAUUGAAUGAACAAUUACAACUACUCAAAAAGGAAAUUAUUGUAUUCGAAAAUGAACAUUCUCUGGAUGAUGCAACUGUGAACAAUGAAUUGGAAAUGAUUGAAGAAAUGAAUUUGAGGUUGAAACAACAAGGUCUCAAUUUAUUUGAAAAGUUAAAAACCAUGAUUGAAACACAACAGGAAAAGUUGAAUCAAUCCAUUGAUGAAAUGUGUGAAAACCAUAAAUGUAUCAUUCACCAUAUUGUGGAGUUGAAAGUCAAAUUAAUGUCAAUGUUGGGAGAGUUUGAUCAAUUACAUCAAUUAAGUGGUCUUGAAAUGAUGGAAAAGAAACUUGUGAACUUUAAAAAAGUGGAUGAAUUAUUUCAAGAAUUGAAAAGUAGAUGCAAGUUUGAGAACAUGAGCGAAUUGCAUGGUUAUGAGUUAGUCGAUACAAAGAGUUCGUUUAAAAUCAUAGAGAAGGAAAUUGACAAGUUUAGUAACAUUGUGCACUCAAUCAAACCAAAAACAACUCCAAGAAAGUUAGAUUUUGUGUCGAACUUAACCGAAAGCACAGUUUCCAACGAUUCCUUAUCGAAUCCAUAUGAUGUGAAACUCUCCUAUGCUUGUAAUUGCAUCUUAAUAAGUGAUUAUUUCAAUAGUCGCAUCCAAAUUUAUGAGUUGGAGACAAAACAAUUCAAAACGACCAUCAAAACCAUUUCUCGACCUCAUUGCUUGUGUAUUGAGACUAAUUACAAUUCCCAUUUCAGUGACGCCUUACUUGUGGGAUGUAGCGAUCAUUCUGUGUACAAGUAUGAUUUGAAGUCUCUAGUGGAUGCCUCUGUGAAUAAGAGACCUCACCAUGAUUCCUUAAUUUGGAAACAAUCGGAACAGCUCGAGUAUCCUGCUGGAAUGUUAGUGACUUAUCAAUAUUUACGAAAUUUAAGCCCAACCUCUCCAGUGACAUCGCGACAACAACAAGAUACUCUCAGAAUUGUUUAUGUUUGUGACUACACUAAGAAUUGCAUUCAUCUUAUUCGACUACAAGAUGGAGAAAUCAUUUGUCGAUUUGGCUUAAAUGAUGGAAUCGUUUUGCAAGGUCCAUGGGGAAUUGAUAUGAACGAACAUGGGGAAAUUAUCGUUGGAGAAACAGGUUUCAAUAGAAUUCAAUUUUUGAAACCAGACGGUAUGGGUUCUUAUGUCUCUCUCAAAAGUUUUGGACAGACUGGAAAUGGAAAUGGACAGUUCAAUUUUUUGAGAGGUGUUGUUUAUGAUCGAGCAUGCAAGCAAAUUUUGGCUUGUGAUUUUAGUGGAAGAAGGAUUCAAAUUUUUGAUAGAAAUGGUGAAUAUUUAACAAGUUAUUAUGAUCGAGUUCAGGGACCCUAUAAUUGUUGUAUUCAUGAGCUCACUAGAGAAGUGUUUGUUGCAGACUAUUCAAAAAAGAGAAUAUUCAUUUUCAAAUGA